UGUGGCCUGCACUUCCACCGGCUUUACAGCCCUCGCGCACAAUGAAACAACCCGGACACCACGUUGGGGUUUAUGGGACGCAGGCACGCGCUCGCGGUACCGGGUUUCCGUUCACAAGUCGGAUGUGAGAUUUUGUUUCUUUCUUUAAAGGAACAGGGUGGGAACUGAGACAUCAUCCGCGCGCGCCCCGACGCGCUUUUGUUGUGUCGGUGCGGAAAUACAAUACAAUACAGUACAGUACGCACGAGACCAUGUCGGUGUUCGCCGACUCCGAUUAUCUGGCCGCCGAGUGUCUGGUGUCGAUCUCGAGCGGCCCCGUGCUUCACCGGACCCGGGGUCACGGCGAGGCGGACGGCUCGAGCGAGGACAGGGAGGUGCGCGAGACCCUGAAGCGCGAGGGUGAGGAGGCUGACGUCGUGCUGGCGGAAACGCGCGCUGCUUUCCGGCCCAUGUCCGCGCAGUCGGAAAGCAGCAGCUCGUCGUCGAGCUCGUGCGGAGAGAGCGGCUACGCCACGCUGUGUGACUCCGGCACCGCGACUCCGACCACGACCCCCAUCGGUACCCCGGUUCCGGGACAGACAAACCGCAGCGCCUCCCAGCAGAUGUGGGCAGAGGCAGGAGGAGGAUCAGGAGGAGGCGGAGCCCCGCCUCCUCCUCCGCCUCCUCCUCCACCGCGCUCUCCCUCAAAACGCCACCCGUGCACUUUCAACGGAUGCGACCGAGUGUACGGCAAAUCCUCCCACCUCAAAGCGCACAUCAGGACACACACAGGUGAAAGGCCGUUCCCAUGCACCUGGGCCAACUGCGAGAAGAAAUUUGCUCGCUCCGACGAGCUGGCACGUCACCUGCGCACUCAUACGGGUGAGAAGCGCUUCCAAUGCCCGCUUUGUGCCAAACGCUUCAUGCGCAGUGACCACCUGAUCAAGCAUGCACGCCGCCACCCUGACUUCCACCCAUCCAUGAUCGGACGCAGGGGGCAUGGCUCGCCCCAGGGUCAAGGGUCAUCCAUCAGCACACAGUCUCAGUAAACCAGCAACAUCCACUUCAUAACCCAAAUCCAGUUGGACACCUUGACGUAGCAAUGCAACCUCCUCUUCUUUUUUAUUUAUUUAUUUUUUUUUUACACAAGCCACCUGUUUGAACACCAAGUUGUGUUCAUUCCCGUCGAGUCCCAUCACCUCGUCUUCCUUCAAGUCCACUUGUGAGGUUGAGCUGGUCAUUUCUCUCAACACAAUAAUCCCAGUACAGUUGUAUGUUCCAACAUGAUUGGAGAAUGAUGUCAAAUCUGCUGCAAGAAUUCCACCUUGUAGAGCCAUUUAGCUCUUCAAGCCUCUCUUGCCACAAGCACAACACACAACUCCUUCCAGACAGUGAAGCUAUUUCAGGUUAACAAGAUGGCCACCCACAACGCAGCACAACCUUCACUCUCAGAUUCUUCGGUUGUUCCUGAAAGUCUACUUUAUUUACAUCGGUUCUCGGUCAUGCCUGGGACGUCCUUCCUUCUUUUCUGGUUUAUAGGUGUGGAUGUUAAUCCCCCGAUUUGAAAUUGCUGUGUCAUUCCAGUUUUGUUCUGCAUUCCAAUACUGUUUUUAAUACACGCUUCUUGGCAUUCUUUCACAACUGCUUCAUGAUGAUAAAAGUGGCCCCUUGCAAUGCAACACAAAAACACUCCCCCUUAGUAGGAAGCACCGUGUAUUUGAAAUGAAUAUCAGCCUGCUCACUAACUAGUUAACUAUCUAAGUGUGUUACCUAGCUGGCUAGUGUGCCAAACAGCUGGAUUGUUAGUUAGCUAGCAUGCUCAAGCUAGUCAUGUUAGCUGUCACGACUAGCUUCAAACUGAGCAAAUCAGUGCUACUGCUUUGAAAUAUUAAGGACUCUUUGCUUCUGCUUAUUAUUGUAGACAUCUGCGGCUUCUUACUGUUUUUUGAACAGAAAAUUGUGUUAGAUCUUAAUGCCUUCUUGGUACAUGGGAGGUACACGUCCGUCCGUCCAUUAUCUGUAGCCGCUUAUCCUGUUCUACAGGGUCGCAGGCAAGCUGGAGCCUAUCCCAGUUGACUACGGGCGAGAGGCAGGGUACACCUUGGACAAGUCGCCAGGUUAUCGCAGGGCUGAGGGAUGUACAUGUAUUCAAGUGAAAUUUACUUUUUAAGAUUCCUCAAUGUCUGACACUGAAUAUAUAAACGAACACUCACCGGCCACUUUUUAACAGGAACUUCUUGUUGAUUCUAAGAUUCCUGUUCUUGGCUGCAGGAGUGGAACCCAAUGUGGUCUUCUGCUGUUGCAUGCUGAGAUGCUUUUCUGCUCACCAUGGUUGUAAAGAGUUGCUAUAUCCUUCCUGGCAAAAAAGCUUGAAGGCCAUUUUCAUCUGACCUCUCUUAUCAACAAGGCGUUUGUUUCCACCCACAGAACUGUCGCUUGCUCAGUCACUCGAUGUUUUUUGUUUUUCGUACCAUUCUGUAUACACUCUAGAGACUGUCAUGUGUGUAAAAACUGGCUCAAACCAACUCCUAUGCCACAGUGAAAAAGUCACACUUUGAGAUCACGAUUUUUCCCAUUCUGAUGUUUGAACAUUAAUUAGCUGAAGCUCUUGAUUUGUAUCUGCAUGAUUUUAUGCAUCAAGGGAUCGGCUGAUUAGAGAACUGCAUAAAACAGCAGGUGCAUGUAUGGGUGUUCCUAAUAAAGUGUCCAGUGAGUGUAUAAUACAUAAAAAUGAACAAGAUGUAAGGAAAACUGUUUAUAUUCUACAGCAGGAACAACAGCCCCUUUUUAAAAAAAAAAAAUUUUCGGAGACAUUUCAGGCAACGAGCUUUAAAGUCAUGAGCCGUUGGUGCAAAGACCAAAAAACCUCCCAAUUCAAAACGAACACGGUUUAAGACACAACGUCUUCAAUUUUCAGAAUGUCAUUUCAGACAUUACAUAACAAAGCCUAGCUCGAGUGAAGGUUGGAGUAUCCUGGUGACCAAUUCAACCCCAGGAUAAACGAGAGCGUGUUGUAAACGGUGCUGGAAUGCAGCCUUGGAUGGACCACAUCAUCUCUUCACAUGGUGCUCUGUUUACAGUUCUUCUGUAACUGACUGUAAGAUUUCAAAAUGGCAAAAAAGCACCUGUUAAUCUAAACGGGGCUCAUAAAAUGUCCGUUCAGAAUUCUGUUUUUGUAAGUUUAACUUGAGCGCUUGAGCGCCAGCAAUGUUCAUUUCUAUAACUAUUGACAAUAGUUAAUAUCGGUAAUGAAAUUAACGAUGGAAAACAAAAAUAUUUCAUUUGGGCACUCUUGCAUUUCCAUGCUGAGGUCAUUGAGGUCUUUUAAUAUUAUCAUAAGUUAUUAUUUUUCAUUGCAAUUACCUUUUGUUUGCGCAAUUUCUAUAAUCUAGGUAUAUGUAUUUUGGUUUUAAUUUUGUCCAAAAUU